CAUACUCCUCCUCCUCGUCCCGAAUCGCGUGACGAGGCCCCGCUGCCCGACUGACCGUCCUCGGCGCCUCUUAUACCUUUACUCCGGUUUGCGCGUUCUUCAGGAACGUACGUGCCCGCCACGUUCCACUCGGCGAGAACGCGACACAUACCCCUCUUUUGCGCAAGCAGGCAACGUAGAGCCGCGGAAACAGUCUCGUGAACGGUCACCCGGUGGCUCAACGGUGGUGCAACGUGCGUCGCGACACCUCCUGGAGAAGCGUUCCCGAGCUGAGGGCUCGUUUUGCAAUUAAAUCGGUCGAGAUCGGUUCGCGCGUUCGCUCCGACACAGCCGAGCGGAGUUCAGGCCGCGCAGUGAUAUGGCACAGCUGAUCAGCGUCAAGCUGUCCAGGUUCGACGGUUCCCAAUGGGGCUUCCGUCUGCAGGGUGGCAAGGAUUUCGGCACGCCGCUCAUGGUGCAGAAGGUUAACAGCGGCUCCCCGGCGGAAGCUGCCGGUCUUAAAGCUGGCGAUGCCGUUAUCAAAGUCAACACCACCGACAUAUACGACCUGAGGCACAAGGAUGCGCAGGAUGUCAUAAUCAAGGCUGGGAAUAAUUUCGAAAUCACUGUGCAAAGAGGCGGCAUACAUUAUUCUACCUGGAAACCGCACGUGACGCCGGCGACCGCAAACCUUCCGUCUCCGAUGCACAGCGCCUCCGCGGCCAACAUCGCGCCCGUCACAAAGACUUCUUUGGCGGCGAAGAAGCAGGACGGAGCCCUCAUCGGCAGUGGACACAAUUUCAGCCCUAAGCCAUUCCUGAACGGCGACGGUCCAAUUAAGUCGAUCGUGAACAAACAGUACAACAGCCCGGUAGGAAUCUACAGCGAGGAGACGAUCGCGGAGACACUGUCCGCUCAGGCCGAGGUCCUUGCCGGAGGUGUCCUUGGGGUGAAUUUCAAGAAGAAUGAGAAGAAUUACAAUUCUGAGAACAGCGAGGUUUUCAAAAUGGUCCAAGAAGCGGACAAGGAACCAAAGACUCCAGAGCCUGCGGAGCCCAUUUCGGCGAGCGGCGUGAUAACGCCGUCCUCGCCCGCCCUGGCAGGACUGAGGCCGGUCCAGGCGCCAGAAACGAAACCGCAGCAGCAGCCGUCGACGCCGCAAGCGAACCUGCCACCAGGACAGAACAUCUGUGCCGAAUGCGAGAGGCUCAUCGUGACAGAGUUUUACUCCUCGGUGAGCCACGCGAUUGGCGGAAGGGCCACUUCGCCGAGGUCACCCACGCCUCUGUUUCAAGCUAUGGCCGGUGGUGGUGGUGUUGGUGCACCUGCCGGUAGCACGCUGGCCACGUUGAAUUCCGACGUGUCGAAGCAUCAGGAACCACAGGAAAGGCAGGACUCUGCUGCCGCGGGGUCGUCGACGCCGGGCGGGGUCGUUUGUAGCAACUGCGACCAUAUGAUCGUAGGUGUGUUCGUCAGGAUCAAGGACAAGAACCUGCACGUGGAGUGCUUCAAGUGCUCGACUUGCGGCACGUCCCUGAAGAACGUCGGUUAUUACAAUAUCAACAAUAAGCUGUACUGCGACAUUCACGCGAAACUCGUCGCCAGGCAAAACGCACCGGCUGGUCUCGUACCAAUCACUAUUCCAUCAGGUGGCAAAGCACCGGCUGGCACCAUUUCCGCGGCACUGGCAAGUGUGGGUGCACCUUUAUCGCCGCCCCUUAGCAAUCACGGAUCGUCGCCUCAGCCAUUCUCCGCGUGCAAUCGUACCAGCCCCGAUUCUGGAUCCCAGCCCAUCCGGCGACCGACCACGAAUACAAACGGAUACAUCCGGAACGGCGAAUGCAACGGGGAAUCGAAAACGUUCACGAGCACGAUCACCAUCCAAACAGGUGGCACAGAGCCCACCCGCCUUGGCACCUCGCCCGUCGAUUCGCCCAGCUUGCGAUCAGUCCAGGCACCAACGAGCAACAGUUUCAUCGGCCCUAAACCGUUCGGUGGAUCGGGCGGCUUCUCGUCGAAUCUAUCCUCAACCCCGACGUUAAAUUCCGGAAGCAACACCUUGCCGCGCCCGCAGAGCCAGACUGUGACAGAAACCUCCAGCGAGACUUACGAAAGGUCUUGCUAUUGCGAGGUCGUUGAAGACACGAGGGACCAGUCCCGUCCCAGUUCCGUAAAAUCCCGGAGUCUCGUGUGGCCACCCCCGAAACCCAUCGAGGACAUCACCUAUCCCACCGCCAGUCCUCUCUACAUCAACCCUAACCCCGUCCUCGACAGCAGGUGCCACCAGGCGGUCAGAGAGAAGCGUGCCAGUAUCGAGGCUUGCGAGCGAGCUCUGAGCCGGAGAACCGAGAGGCAACGUGAGAGUGUCGAUCGGGAAGUCGAGAGGGCGACAAGAGAGUGCACUCGUCAGUACGAAAACUCAGCGAUGGAGAGGCUGAGUUGCCCUGGAGCAGUGUACCGGCGCGUCGAGUUAGUGGAUACCAACAGGACCGUAACGUCAAGACCUAGCUCGACCGACCCGAUUCGCAGGUCACUCACGCCCACCAGAAUCGCCCAACCGAUCCCGAAACCGUGGACCGCAACCGUCACCAGCGGCGGCACCAACCUGUUCGAGCAGAGCUAUGCGCAGCAAGAGCAGCAGCCCAAGGUCUGCAAGAAGUUCAUGCAGCGCGAGGUCUGCCAUCGGGAACAGAUAUCGGGCGGUAAAGAGCAACGGGAGGAGCAUCGAGCUUACCGAACGGAGAUCUGUCGAAGGGAACAAACGAUCUGUCCGAAGCCACCGUUACCCACGCGUAGACAAGAACCGGCGGAGACGGUCAAUGAAGUCGACACCGAAGUCAUCGAUCUGAGGGGAGACGAAGCGGACGAGCCAGAGGCCAGCUCGACGGGAAUCCAGGGCGAACACGAUCUCAUCACCGAGACGGCGGAGGAGACCGUCGAUGGUAUGCGUGUGAAGAAAUCGGCGACUUUCGAGAAGACCGUGGAGAAGGUGUCGCCGGAGAGAUGCGCUGCGAUGGCUCAGGAAACGGACGAAACGGAGUCGGAGUGCUUGACGAGGAGAACUGAGACGCAUAUCAAUCGAGAGGUAGAGAACGUGAUGGAGGAACGAACGAUGGAGGAGUCCGCUGAGACGGUCACGUCGGCUAUUGACACCCAGCAGAUGCUGGAGAAGGCAAAGCAGGAAGAGGAAGAGAGGAAGAGAGAAGAGGAGGAGGAGGAGCGCAGAAAGGAAGAAGAAGAAAGGAGGAAGCGCGAGGAAGAGGAAAGAAGACGUCGUGAAGAAGAGGAAAGGAAAAGACAAGAGGAAGAGGAGAAGAUUAAAAAGCAUGUAACCUUCAACGAGGAGGAAGAAGAGGUCGAAGAGGUGCGGGAACAACCGCUCGGCAGAACGGUCGUUCGAGAGGAACGCAUCACCGAGACGGACACUACCCCUGGACGCUGCAAAGUCACGAAAGAGACGUAUGAAGAGAUCACGGAAGAAGUGUUGGUUCAGGAACGCGUGAGGAGAAAAGGCGUGGGUGAUAAUGAGCGCAGAAAGAGUCUACGGGAACAGGUGGAAGUCCAUCAGAGUCUCAGAGACCAACAAGCGCCGGAGAGACGAGUAAUCGCGAGAUGCAGCCAGCAACCUCAACAGGAGACCAUGGAAACGUGCAAGAAGAAGGUGCAAUUCCUGAAGGAGACUGAGACCGGCCCGAAACCUCUAUCAGACACGCCCGUGAAGAACUCCACGCCCAAGGAGUGGAAAUCCGAGAUGGUGAACGCCCUGACGACGGUGUCCGAUCGACCCUACACGCCGUUGAACGCUACCACCAGUGUGAAGGAGCUCUACACCGAGGAAACCAUCUACUUGGAUCACAGAUGUCGACCCAAGCCGCCGCCACCCAAGGAAGAGAUCCGACCCAUUUCGCCUUUCCAACAAGCGCUGAUGAUAGCGCCUGAGAGAUCGUAUACUCCUCUGAGUCGGGAAAUCGGGCCGCAGGACCAGCAGAUCGCAAGUAGAUCACAAACUCCGAGCAUUCAGACGCAAAAUGAUUAUUGCCCGCCGUUAGACAUCUUGUACGGUGACACAAAGGGGGAUUCUUUUAUGCGAGAACAGGUGUGCGUGAAGGAAGUCAGAGAAUAUUCUGGACCACAGCCUUUACCUACUCCGCCACCUGAUCAUCGCUUAAGAGACUCUUCGGCGUCGCCGGCGAGAUCUCGACCGCAAACACCCAGCAGCAAAUCCUUCACGGCGGGUCUGAAGAAACCAGACACCAUACCAGCCUACCAGAGAAACCUGGUGGCGAUGAAGAAGGGCCCGGUAGAGGGCCAGCCGUUCGUUCCUAGCAGAACUCCCACCCCGACACCUCAUAGAUCCAAGUCGCCGGCGCAAGGACCGCCUGAGCCACCUGCUUGCUACGUGAAGGCUCAAGCUCCAAGAAUUCGAGAAGACCCACCACCGUCGAAGCGCGGAUCGGUUCAUUUCCCGUCGCGUAAGACCAUCUCCUACCACGUGGAGGAGGACACCGACAGCGGCCACAGGAAACAAGAGUAUUCCGCCUCGAGGACCGUCAAUUACGACGAAAAGGAAACCAACAGCCUCGACGGAGGUCCAACCGACGCGCGCUACGCCCAGUUCCAAGAGACACGAUGCAUGACUAGCGAGGAGACCAGCGAGCAACAGAACACCGCGUCCCACGUGAAGAGAGCUCUUCAAGUGGUCGAGGACUAUGAGAAAUGCGAGCGGAAGGAAGUGAUGCCGACGUCACCGUCGCAGAGUCCAAAGAACACCUGCGUCAUCAACAAAGUGAGCCACACCAAGCCCACCUUGCCGUGCCCUAAGCCGUCGCGAGCCAGCCCCUCCCCCGUCAGACCGACCUACAGCAGCUCCACGGAAGUGCGCCACGUUCGUUACGAGACACCCUCGCCUAAACCUUGCACAGAAACAGGAGUGACCGUUCUACCUUGCAAAGCCCAUUCCGAUCGAGGUACAAAGGCUGGAGUCGUCGUGGUGCCUUGCGAAGGCCCACAGACCACUUGCCCGAAAUCCGGAGUCUGCGUGAUACCCACGAAGGACCGGUCAGGCGUCUGCGUAUCACCCUGCUUCGGCAUGCGGACCAACACAUGCGGCCAGCCGUCUGGCACAUGCGGUCGCGACUCCGCCUGCGACUACAUACCAGCCAACUGCCCGGACUCCGGCAUCUGCGUGGCACCUUGCGCCGACGGUGCUGUCUGCGUGGCACCUUGCAGCAAGCCCGGCCCAUCUCCGAGCCAGUUGAGAGCGAACCUCCCUUUCCCCCAAAUCCCAUUGCCCUACGAGGAUCCCGUGUCGUCCCCGUCGCCGGUCCUCCCUCAGUGCUCCCCGAGCUUCAAGCCUCGCACUAAUCUGAGCGGCCAGCUGGCGCGACUCACCGCCAAGAGCGGCCCCACCAUACAACUUUACAAGCCGCAAGUCCCGGCUGAAGUCCAAGCUCCGACUCAGACCCAGAGCUACACCGAGACCUCUUACUGCCACACCCAGAGCUACCGGGAGACCCACUGUGGCUCCGCCGAUCGUUGCCGUAAUCAGAACCGCUGUCAGACCCACUGCCAGGACCAGAUCCACUGUCCCUCUAGUAAGACCCAGAGUUUAGUAGACCCACCAAAUUUGUCGUCCCACCCGGAUCUAGGUGCCGGAGUCGGUGGCCUCGGCGGUGCGGGCUCGUCCAAGAGCGGAUCGUUCGCCGGUAGCAGCGCGCCCAAACGCGGACGAGGGAUCCUCAAUCAGGCGGUCGGUGCGGGAUCGCGUAUACCGAUGUGUGCUCACUGCAACUCAUACGUCAGAGGACCCUUCAUCACCGCUCUGGGCCAGAUUUGGUGCCCUGAUCACUUCGUUUGCGUCAACUCCCAAUGCCGUCGUCCUCUUCAAGACAUCGGCUUCGUAGAGGAGAAAGGACAGCUCUACUGCGAGUACUGUUUCGAGAAAUUCAUCGCGCCCACGUGCAACAAAUGCAACAACAAGAUCAAGGGCGAUUGCCUGAACGCGAUUGGAAAGCACUUCCACCCUGAAUGCUUUAACUGUGCCUAUUGCGGCAAACUCUUCGGCAAUACUCCGUUCUUCCUGGAGGAAGGAUUGCCCUACUGCGAAGCUGACUGGAACGAGCUGUUUACCACGAAAUGCUUCGCGUGCGGAUUCCCAGUCGAGGCUGGUGAUCGCUGGGUGGAGGCUCUGAACAACAACUACCACAGCCAGUGCUUCAACUGCACGAUGUGCAAGGAGAAUCUCGAGGGCCAAAGCUUCUACGCGAAAGGCGGCCGCCCGUUCUGCAAAAAACACGCGCGUUAAGAUACGCAGUCUCGAGUGUCGACGGGAGACGACGGGAAGGCAAGAGCGAAAACGAAAAUGCGGAGGACGUCCAACGAGGAGAAGAAGCGUACGGUGUUAAUGCACGAAUUAUUUUAUCGCGAUCACUUUCUUCUUUACUGUAUCUCCGGCCGAGAACUUCACUAACCCUUUGUCAAAUCCGCGAACGAUUCAUCAUGUAGCAACGAACGAUAUAAGAUCAAUCGGGAUGAUUUUAACAGCGGGGUAAUUGCAAUGAAAAAAAAAGUAAAAUACGGAUUAGUUGAAGCGUAAUAGCAAGCUAUGAAAUUGUUGAAGACAUAAUAAAUAUUUAUUUCUUAAUAGUAAUA